AUCAGCGGCGAAGAGUAACGAAAAUCCGCAAAAAAUUCGAAAAAUUCCACAGGUUAUUGACACCAUGAGUCGCACAACACACGCGAACGUAGUAAAAGCAGGCAGCGUAGCGCGAAUGAGUUGAACAGUCCGCAGCGGGUGUUGGUGUGUUAGACCGUGCGGCGGUGCGACGGCUACUUAGAGAAGCGUCAGCGUCUUUUACCAGUUUUGGCGCACUUCGGCGUACAAGUGAAAUACAAGAAAAAGACGUCAAUGAAAUUGGAGAAUGCUUAUAGACGACGUGGUUACAUGUGUAGGUGAGGAGUAAGGGCGGAAAACAGUCAGCGACGCCAACAGCAACAAGUGGUUGGAUUUCUUAUUUCGGUACGCUUAUAAGAAUCGUAUUUUAGAAUUCUUUGUUAUGGUUUAGUAUACUAAUAAGUAGUUGGUUGAGCUUUAAGUGAGGAGAGCAAAGAGCGACUUCAUCCCUAUUUUGAAGAGUACGGAUAGAACCCCUCGGAAGUAUUUCUGACUCGAAGUGUUUUAGGAUUAUGCUCAUCUGAGUUAGGCAAGUUCAAAUGGGUUCCGAAUCUUCAGUCCUUACAGCGGGUUCAGCCCUGGUGGUCCAUAUCAUAAGACACGGAUAACCUGUGAUGAUAUCAAACUUGUAUCGCUAACCUCAAGACCUCGGUUCACACAAUAUAAAUUUCUCAGUAAAGAAAGUACAUAUUUACAGUUUUUUUUAUGAAACGACUUCGUAGCUAGUCUCAUUAGUGGAUAUAAUAGUUCUUGUAUUUCAAGGUAAAAUACUAUAUUCUCUCUGGCCACAGCUGAAAAACAGCUAGUCACAUUUACAUCACUGGUGCUAUGCGCACGUGUGCAGCUGCAGCUUUGCAGGCAAUCCUGAACCUCACACCACUUCAUUUGGUGGUUGGCACUAUGGCCAAUAAGACCUUACUGGCCCUAACAAGGGCAGGUUAAAGAAACAGCAGGAUGUUAAGCGCCCGGCAAUUGGAUAUCAUCGGAAGGAAGCUUCCAACGACUCUCCUCCCGAGGGACGAUAUCAUUAAAAGGGUUCAUCUUGUGAGACGAUUUAAAACGGUUAUGUCCAAUAAAAGGGAAUGGGAGGACUCAACUCUCAAGGAACUCAUACGCAGAAGCUCACAACAAUGGUACACAGACGGACAAAGACAGCAGUUGGUAUAGGCGCCGGGAUAACGGGGCCACGACUGAAGCUGUCUUUAUCCAUGGGCAUCUUCCAAGCUGAAGUCUAUGCCAUUACCAAGUGUGCAGAGGUAAUAUUAGACAGGGGCUACCAUAAUGAGCGCAUAGCCAUUAUCAGCGAUAGCCAAGCAGCUCUCCAGGCAUUAUCAUCCUUCGAGGUGGACUCGGGGCUGGUCAUGGAUCGCGUAGAUACUUUGAAUAGUAUUUGCAGCAAUAACAGCAUAACCCUAACUUGGGUUUCAGGACAUAAAGAAAUACAGGGAAACGAACUCGCGGACCAACUAGCAAGGAAGACCACGGCCACCAGUCCAAUUGGGCCAGAGCCCUUUAUCGCGGUUGGUCGGCACGUUCUUAUAACCCGCCUGAAAGAGGAGGAGGCAGCAAGCAGGAAUCGCAUUAUAUACCGGCCACUGCAGACUACGGUGUCAUCUGCACAAAAUGGGAAUCCACUCGUCGGAUCUUUGCCGAUUCUGUCUGCCGAUUCGGAGGCGGAGACACCAGAGCACUUACUCCUUGACUGCCCGGCGAUCGCGAAGGAAAGGGGACAGACAAUUGGGGCACUUUAUCCCCAAAGAGGAAGUAUCGCAUGCAUCAGCCCUGCAACACUGUUAAGAUUUCUUAACGUGACGGGGUUGGAGGGGGUGCUGUGAUAACUGCAGAGGGCCCAAUAGACUUAAGGUCGCGGUGCAAUCCUCACUAUAUAAUCUAAUCUAAUAUACUAUAUUUAAAAAUCUAUUCGAUCAACACUUCAAACAAAAAGGUCGAGACCAAAAAAGGUUUGUUUGAAUUCAAUUGCCUAGUAACUGGCCUCGAUCUUUGACAAAAUCGUAAUAAAUUCUUCAUUUUUUAGUUCUGUGGUAAUAAAUGUGGUUUGCUAGUUGUUUUAGUCAAAAGUUUGUCGAUUCAGGUUAAAUAAAAAGGCCGGGAAAAAAAUAUAGAACUCUAAAAUUGGGACUAAGAGAAAUCCGUCGAUAAUGACUAAGUAAUAUAUGGGCUUAUAAAAUCUCCAGGCAGGAUGUUAUAUAAAACUGUAUUUAUUCUGCUUUCUGAGAAA